AUGCCCAGAGGCAUUCCUCGCAGCGGUGGGCAGCCUCGUACAAAGAAGCGCAAGCGUGACGACCAGAACCCGCAGAAUCCACAGAAUCCACAGCCAACAGACGAUGCAAACAACACUCAAAAUACGCCCUGGCCGCAUGUCCCGCCGGUCUUUGAUCCCGCACCGACCCCAGACUCGCACAUACAUGUGAUAAACCCAUAUGCAUGGCCGGCCUCAUAUACUGCCGCCGCUCCAUAUGCCGGCCCUCAGCAAUAUGCAGUAGCUGAACUGCCUUCUCCGCCUCCUACAAACGAAACAAGUCCAACAUCCGCAAGCGAGCACUCUCAAGGCAGAGUAGACGCCAGAUCAACUGCUACUGUCGAGGAAACGGCGGUAGCCAUUCAUGCCGCUCCUGAGGACUUUCCGGGGCAGCCUUUGGGUGGGCAAACUGGCCAUGUCGCCCAGCAGAUCCAGGCACAACAGCCACACCAACCACACCAACCGCAGCAGCCCAGUGCAUGUCGGAUACCUUUACAACAUGUCAUGCUCCAUGCUGCCGGGGUAGUGAGGGAGCGAGCUUCGGGAAACGAGCCCAUGACCCCUGAAGAGAAGGCGCGAUACAGCACGCUAUACGGGGCCUGUGUGAAUGCAGACUUGUUUUUUCUUAUGCUUCAUCGGUACUACAGUUGCUGGUUGAUAGACAAUUCGACCGUACAUGGCCAUUUCCGCCUUUCUACCCGCGACAUUGAUAGGGCCUUUGCCCAGAUGAGAGUGAUGUUUAAAGACGAAGAGCGGAUUUCGCCUCCUCAUCGGCAGUGGUUUUCAGGAUUCCCCGAGUUGGACGGGAACGCUUACUGUGCCCCUCAGGUGCAGAUCCAGAUCCAAGACUUUGUCCUUGCGUUUUCUGUCAAGUGGCCAGAGAUGAUCAAGGCCGCUCAGAUCCGAAUGAUGCCUCUGAUGGAAUGCCAAAUCCGCGAGCAGCUUAAAUGCCCGUCGUUGACCUUGGCCAACAAGCUGUUCGUCCACAGCCGCAGAAUCAUUGGAGUGCCAGAUAACCAAUUCACAAACGAGGCCACCCUUCUUUUCAACAUGGACCAGAAGCUAGAACGCCUGUAUGCAGAGCUGAAUGAGCCGGCUGCGGACGUGGCCAAGGCUCGCCAAUCGAUGGUACUGAGCUACCAACAGACUAUUGGACGUAUUCAACAGCAGAUGCAUGCUGUCAUGCAAGCACUACUGGCAUACCACCACCACCCCCACAGCAGCAGCAGCAGCAGCAGCAGCAUUCUUUCGUUCCAUCACAGGGUUCCCCAUUCCUACCUCAGCUUCGGCCUCCGCCUCAGCCUCAGCCUCAGCCUCAGCCUCAACCCCAACCUCAGUUCCAAGUUCAAGCACGUGGCCAAGCUCAACCUACGCUUCAAACGCAUCCUCGAGCUCAAGCGCUACACACUCAAGCGCCCAAUUCUCAGACAAACUUUCCAGUCACUUCGCAGCAAAACUUUCAACAGGUCCCUCAGCACCUUGCCCAUCAGCAAGCCCAUCUCCAGCAGCAAGCUCCUCAUCAGCAAACUCCUCAUCAGCAAGCUCUUCCUCAUCAACAAACUCUUCAUAAUCAGCAAGCCCUUCAUCAUCAGCAAGCCCUUCAUCAUCAGCAAGCCCUUCAUCAUCAGCAAGCCCUUCAUCAUCAGCAAGCCCUUCAUCAUCAGCAAGCCCUUCCUCAUCAGCAAGCCCUUCAUCAUCAGCAGGUCCAUCAUCAUCAGCAAGUCUCUCCUCAUCAGCAAAUCCCUCCUCAACAGCAAGUCUCUCCUCAACAGCAAGUCUCUCCUCAACAGCAAAUCCCUCAGCAAAUCUAUGCGCUUCAAUCUACUCCUGAAUCAGCUUCAGUACCCAGCGUUAGGUCCAAAGUCACCGACACAGCCUGCUCAGGGGGAUCAGACUCUGCUUCCUCCGGCAGAUCUGCCUCUUUGUGCUGAGCCACAGCCAGCGAUGCCGCAGCAACAGCCGGGGCCAUGGCGAAUGCAGCCGGAUGAUGCUCGAAAUCCAUCACCGCAUCUCCAGCGUUCUGCAAACCCGACUUUACUCCGAUCGCAAACAACUCCGCAGACUCCCCCAUUCCAAAUGGAAAGAAAUCAACAGCAGGAAAAUAUGCACCCCCUAGUAUCGCAGCCCAACGAUUUGACCCCUCCAUCUCCGCAGCCAUGUCGGCAGAAUCUGCAGCCAGCGCAAGCUCUGCAAGCUCCUUCUCCCGCUUUUCAGACGCCUCAAAGCUCCAAUGAUUCUCGAGACGUUCAGAUGUCAUCAGGUCCUCAGGUAGAUCGGAGAUCCCAACCUAAUACGAUCCCCCAGACGCCUCAAGAACCUCGGGCUGCCAUUGUCCACUUGACGGCUCAGAGACCUCAGGCUGUCCUGGCUUCCCAGGCUCUCGGUAUACAUCAGUCUCCGGUGCAAAUAUUGCCAGCAUCCCAAUCUCAGCAGAUACAGUCGCAACAGCAGCCCAUCCUUCAAAACUCAGCGCCCCAGGCGUCUCGUACUCCUACACCCAAUCCAUUUCGCCGACACUUUACGGUUCACCGAACUCCUCCCACGGAAUAUCCCACUAGUCCGCAUAAUUGGACAUCCAUGCAAACGGGCCUCCAUUUGACUCAUUUGCGUAGCCCUCGAAGGGUUUCCUCCAGCCCCGGCCCAAGCCCAGGGAAGAACCGUUACUACCAAUUCCUCUCCAGAUUCCUGGUGGAACCAACAGAGGUGAAGAUACAUAUGGGAAUCAGUGAAUUGGAGUUCUUUAUCGACCAACAAGACCUGAGUAGACGCCCUAUUACCAGCCAGCCAUCUGAGUUGCCUGCGGGUGAGUUACCGAUGGAUAUGCCUGUGAGCCGACACUUCAACCAUUCUCAACGAUACCGUCUCCGCAUGUGCGGACGCGGUAAGCUGAGCAAUGAUGGAGAAACAGCUUUUGACACUGCAAAAUGGGCUAUAAGCCGUACCCACUGGCCGUCACACAUUACUAUAUCGUUCAAUGGCGAAAUCAUCUCUCCUCUUUUCAGGCAGCAUUUUCAUAAGGAUCUGCCCAUAGAGCUUACCGAUUCUUUGGUUAAAGGGGUGAAUACAAUAAAAGUGCAUGUGCCGAGUUUCCCUCAGAAUAUUAAAGAAAAUGUUGCCUAUUUUAUGGCUGUAGAGCUCAUUGUCACUCUAGAUCAUGACUCUACCCGCGCUUUGGUGACUUCUGCGCCUCAUAUCAGCGUCGAUCAGACAAAGGCCGAGAUUAAGAGGCGACUGCAGCUGGAUAUAGAUGAAAUCAUUAUACAGAGCGACACGUUGACGGUUUCAGUUGCAGACUCUUUUAGUUCCAAACUAUUUGAUGUUCCGGUUCGAGGCCGCAAUUGUCGGCAUCUUGAGUGUAUCGACUUGGAAAACUGGCUGAAUUCACGCCCAUGCAAACCUUCAUCGGAGGCGGGCGAGCCAACAAUGGUCGAUACUUGGGGCUGCCCUAUAUGUGGCCAAGAUGCUCGGCCUAGCAACCUCCAAGUAGACGACUAUUUCGUUCACAUAAGGGACAGGCUUUUAGAGGAGCGUAUGAGCAAAGUCAAGAAGAUUCAAAUAAAUGUUGAUGGCACCUGGAAAGCCGUGGAAGUGGCAGAUGAACACACGACGUCAGAUAAGGACGGCGUCAAGUGA